UGGCUCGGUCUCAGUAAGAGAAAUCUGCAACAUCAGUCAGUCAAUGUUCGGAUCAGCACCCUGCGUACUGGAUACAAGACACGAAAUUAAUUACAUCUGGGAGGGCUGUGUCUGGUAAGCGUUACAGGGGGAGUGGCUGACCUUCAUGCUGAGAGGUCACGGAGGAGAAGACCCAUGGAUGAUGGUCAGUGUGAGAGGGAGGGGCCAGUGUUGUCUGAGUAUCAGGAGGGUGGGGUCGACCUCCACUGCAACCAAUCAGACCCCUCGGAACCAAAUCAGAACCUAAACCAGAACCGGACACCGACUCAACUAGAUGAUGGUCAGAGGGUUGGACGAGACUUCAUCCAACAGAAGUCUUUAAACAACAAUGUGGAGGAUGAGGAGGAGGAAGGUAGAACGGUGAAGGGAGAGGAAGAUGGGGAUGAGGAUGAUGUGAUUGUGGAAGAAGAGGAGGAGGUCAGCAGUGUGACUCGCGGCCAAUCACACGACACUCCUAUGACUGACUGUUCCUUCUCGGACACAGACAGUCCGGUAGAGCUCCGGCCCUCUGUGUCUCCAGAGACUACAGAUCCCAUCAGCUCCCAAGCAACAAGUCCAGACGAACCCUGCUACAGUGACCCUGCGGGCGAGACACACACCUCCACCACAGGACCUACCACCUCCACCACAGGACCUACCACCUCCACCACAGGCCCCACCUGCACCACAGGCCCCACCUGCACCACAGGACCCACCUGCACCACAGGACCUACCACCUCCACCACAGGACCAACCACCUCCACCACAGGCCCAACCACCUCCACCACAGGCCCAACCACCUGCACCACAGGCCCCACCACCUCCACCACAGGACCCACCACCUCCACCACAGGACCCACCACCUCCAUCACAGGCCCCACUUGCACCACAGGACCUACCACCUGCACCACAGGCCCCACCUGCACCACAGGACCCACCAUUUCCACCACAAGCCCAACCACCUCCACCACAGGCCCCACCUGCACCACAGGACUCACCACCUCCACCACAGGCUCCACCACAGGCACCACAGGACCUACUACCUGCACCACAGGCCCCACCUGCACCACAGGACCCACCAUUUCUACCACAGGACCUACCACCUCCACCGCAGAGCCUAUCCCUAGUCUUGCCCUCCUGGCCACCUUAAAGGAGUUAGGGGAACGGGGAGAUCACUCCCACCUGCCUCAGUACCUCCAUCAGGUAGCCGAGGCCUUUGCCUUCAGAAGAUUGUAUCCUUAUUUUGAGAGGCGGUGUGGGGCAGACGGCCGGGGAGAGAGGAACAGUGACACUGACCUGACUGCACGGCAGCUGGACAUACUCACACACAUCUGCAAAACACACCAACGUUCGGUUAUUUGA